AUGUAUUUUAAUUCGCCAAAAUGUGACCGUUCUGGUCAUUAUUUACCUAUUCAAAGUCUUGACGGGUUUACUUGGUGUGUUGAUAAUUUGUCUUCUACGGGGAUUGAAUUGUAUGGAACGAGAGCACCAAAUGAAGUUUUUAGAGGGUGUGAAUUAAGAAGAAUAUGCCCUUCAGUAAAUUGUGAAUUAAAAUGCCCUUUUGGGUAAUUAGAUAAAUAAUUUUAAAAAUAAAUUUGGAGGGGAAAAUAAAUAAAUAUUUUUGAGUUUGAA